AUGGCUCUACAGGAUGUGUGCAAAUGGCAGGCCCCAGAUACUAAGGAACUGUCCUUUCGUCUGCCCCCAGCUGGCAGCUGGGCUGUGCCCCUGGGCUGUGACCCUCAGACCUUCCUGCAGACCCAGGGCCCCAGCCUGGCCCACGGAACUACCACUCUGGCUUUCCGCUUCCGUCAUGGUGUCAUUGCUGCAGCUGACACGCGUUCCUCCUGUGGCAACUAUGUGGCCUGUCCAGCCUCACUCAAGAUCAUCCCUGUGCACCGGCACCUCUUGGGGACCACUUCUGGCACCUCUGCUGAUUGUGCUACCUGGUACCGGGUACUACAGCGGGAGCUGAGGCUUUGGGCACUGAGGGAAGGUCAUCUGCCCAGUGUGGCCAGCGCAGCCAAGCUUUUGUCAGCCAUGUUGUCCCGCUACCGUGGGCUAGAUCUGUGUGUGACUACUGCCCUGUGUGGCUGGGACCGCUCUGGUCCUGCUCUUUUCUAUGUAUACAGCGAUGGCACCUGCCUACAGGGGAACAUCUUCUCUGUGGGCUCUGGGUCUCCCUAUGCCUAUGGUGUGCUGGACCGUAGCUACCACUAUGAUAUGUCCAUCCAGGAAGCCUAUGCCCUGGCCUGCUGUGCUGUGGCCCGUGCCACCCACCGUGAUGCCUAUUCAGGGGGCUCUGUAGAUCUUUUCCACGUGCGGGAGAGUGGCUGGGAGUAUGUGUCACGCAGUGAUGUCUGCACACUGUACACAGAGCUGAAGGAACUCCCCGAGCCAGACCAGGAGCUCAAGGCUGAGGACCAGGAGCUAGAGGCUGAGGUCGAGGCCAGCCAGACCCAUCUGGAACCUGCCACUCCCCCCAGGGCUGGAGAAAGUGGAGAACUGUUUUUGGGGCCCAGAGAGGAGACACCAGAAGACUCCAGGAUGCCUGCAGAGACUGAGACACCAUGA